UUCUGAGGCACUCCAGCUGCAGACACAAUCAGCUGAAGAGGAGGGAGCGCCAGAGUCAGGGAUGCCUCUCCGUGCGCCCUGCGUUGUGUGCGGGAGCUGGGAGCACUGAGGGGGUCUGGGCACCUCCAAGGAGACCACCCGGCACAGCGGCUUCCAGGCAUAGCCCCCGCAGGAGGGAAUUCUCUGCCUCAAGGGCUGGGUCUCCUUGGAGCUCCAUUGCAAUCCAGGUGAUAAAGCCCCCUUCCCCGCCCCCCGGGCUGUUUCUGGACCAAUGCAGGCCCCUCAGCCCAGAGGUGUCUGGGGCACAGCCUCCGCUCUGCCUCUGCACGUGUCUCUGGCCUUAGCCUGGGUUCUCCUGGAUCCAGUUCGCUCCCAGCAAUGUCCACCUGGAAACCCCCUCCUCGUCCACCAGUUCAUGGAGAUAGGCGCUGACCAGCGGGUCCCCGCCCAGCACCGGGUCCCGAGCUCGCUGGAUCCGCUCUAUGGCGUUGUCCGGCGCUACCUGGAUGUGGUCCAGCAGAACCCUUUCCCCACAGAGCUUCUCCGUGUGGCCCUGAAUGAGCCAUCAUCAGUCAGAACCUCUCAGGUGGUGCGCUACCAGGCUGGCUAUGUCAUCUGCGCUGCGAUUGCUGUGCUCUUCUUUGUGGCGGUGCCAGCGACGGGUCUGUGCUUCUGCUGCUGCCGGCGCCGCCGGCGCUGUGGGGGACACAUCAAGGCCGACCGCCGCUCCCUCACCUGCCAGCGCAAUCUCCUCACGUUCUGCCUCUCCCUCACUACCGCCAUCCUACUGGCUGGCGUUAUCUGUGCUUUCCUUGCCAACCAGUGGGUGAAGGAGCAGAUGGAGCCCGGGGCCCGAGCCGUGCCAGCCACUUUACACACUUUGAGGAAGAACAUUGACAGCAUCCCACAGGGGGUGCAGUCUGUCGUGGAGCAGUUUUCAGUGCCCAGACAGCAAAUAAUCAGCGACUUGAACAAUGUCAGCCACAGCAUUGGCUUCACCAUCCAUUCGCUGCUGAAGGAGCAGGUGUAUUCAGUGCUGGAGGCCAUUCAGGGCAGAGCACAAGACCUACAGAACUCGCUGCACCAUUUACAGAUUCUCCACAAGACCGUGCGGACUCUGACCCAUUUCCAGGACGAGCUGGGCCUGGCGCUGAGAGAUCGUAAGGAGAGCACGGUCUCCCUGCUGGACAGUCCGCGCUGCACGUCCUGUGCCCGGGCACUGGGCAAAGCCCAGAGCUUGGAGCCGGGAGCCGACUACAGCAGGGUUCCUUCGGUGGAACAGGUUUUGAAGACACUGUCUGGUCUCCCCAAAGCUAACUUCCCAGACUUGAUUGACCAGGGCAACAGCACCUUCAACUCGAUGCCAGACCUAGCUGUUGCGAAGAUGGCCCAGGUUGUGCAGGAUCUAAAGGAUGAAGUGAACAAGGUCAGCAAGAAGGUCCAGUCUAUUGCAGACAGCUUCCCAGUCUCUGAUUACACGCAGCUCUUGAAUGAUGCCCUGAUGCAGGCAGAGAACAAGAGCCGCCCUUACCUUCAGGAGGUGAAACACUAUGAGAAAUACAGGUGGAUUGUGGGCAUCGUACUGUGCUCUGUGGUUCUGCUGGUUGUAGCCUGUAACCUCCUGGGGCUGUCCCUUGGGGCCUGUGGGCUCGCCAUGCGGGAGGAUCCGAGUGACUAUGAAAGCAGAGGAGAAGCUGGUGCCAAAUUCCUUUUGGUGGGCAUUGGCUUUAGCUUCCUCUUCUCCUGGCUCCUGAUUCUCUUGGUCUUUGCCACCUUUCUGGUUGGGGGCAAUGUCCAGACGCUGGUGUGUAAGAACUGGGCCAAUCAGGAGAUUUACAAGUUUAUCGACAUUCCUGGGAACCUGCCUCCAUCCAUGAACCUCACCCAGCUACUCAACCUGAAGAGGACCCUCAACCUAACCUCUGCUUACCAGGAGUGCAAGAAGGGUGCAGGCCUCUGGGAUGUUCUGCAGCUCAGAGAUGCCUACAAUCUCGAGGAUCACCUCCACCUCAGCCAGUACACCAGAGACUUCCAGAAGCGCCUCGACAACUUCAACCUCCACUUUGAAGAAAUCCACUUCCUCGACGGGGCUGGGAGACGGGACCUGGAGACCUUCCGGCAGAGCGGGAUCGACCAGCUGGACUACCCUACGUUCCAGGCCGAGAUGCAGAACCCUGUGGUGAGGACGAGCCUGGAAGACCUAGCCAGGGACCUCGAGGGCCUCCAAAAAAUUCAGAGCAACAUCACAAUAGCAGGACGGCUGGCCAACGAGUCCCAGGCCCUGUGGAAAAUCCAGAACGACACCGUGCUCACCCAGGAGGCCCUUGUGGUGAAGCUGAAUGAGAGCGUGCAGUUCUUAUCCGCCAUGGCACCCCACCUCCAGCCCCUCUUGAAACAGACGAUGGCUGAGAUCGCCCUGAUCGAGACCAUGCUGCCGGUGCAGGCCCAGCGGCUCCUGAGACACGAGAUCGGCUGCUUCACAAGGAAAGAACUGGGCUAUUUCUCGCAGUACCUGAACUGGGUGAGACGCACGUUGACUGAGGACGUGGCUUCCUGCCAGCCGCUCGCCACAGCGCUGGAUAACGGCCGGGUGAUCCUCUGCGACCGUAUCGCCGAGCCCUGGAAUGCCUUCUGGUUCAGCCUGGGCUGCUGCACCUUCUUCCUCAUCCCCAGCAUCAUCUUCGCCAUCAAACUUACCAAGCACUUCCGCCCCAUCAGGAACCGGCUAAUCUCUACUGCCUCAGAGGAGACCUAUCCCUUCCACAUCCCCCGCGUUACAGCUCUCAAGCUAUAGGAAGGGGUCUCCAGCAUCUCCAGGUCCUCUUCAGAGCUCCUGGACCCCUGAACCAAGGUUUCUCUUGGGGAUCCUGUACCUCAGUGCCAUGGGACUCUUUGUGGAUACCAAGCUGCCAUGUUGCAAAUAUUUCUGGAGGUCGCCCACACCCCUGAGUCGAAGCUGCCCCUGAGUUCUCCCAUAGGUUUCCGUCACAGGUGUUCUGGGGGGUCCAUAUCUCCCCAGGUAACUGCUAAUGAGUCCAUUCACUUGUAGGUCUCCUGGGGAAAGUGCCUGGAUUCCUCCCAGUGCCAAAACCGCCCCCAUCAGAGACACUUCCCUUCCACUCUGCCUCACCUUCCCCAUGUUGCUUCUGAGCUGCUGAAGGAGACUCCUGCAAUGACCCCACUCCUCAGCUCUUUCUCCCAAGCACCCCCCUCUAGUGACCCCCACUCACUGCAGCGCCAGAGGGAUUUGCACAGCACGGCAAGGCAGAAGGGAAAAUUCCUGCCACAUAGCAGCACCCCUCCAGGGUUCGACAUCUCCAGCCAUCCCAAAGGGGAGCCAUUAAAACCCACCGAUGCCCAUGUUACCUUCCGGAUUAAUUCAUGUCUGCGGCGUCCUCCCAGCUUCAGGCUGCUUUAUGGUUCCAGCAAGUUUUUCUUAGGAUCUGUGAGUGAGUGAGCCUGUCUGGCUCGCUCAUCUUCCUCCCUGGCCUUCUGCAAACACACACGCACUGGGCCGUAAUGCUAAAUCCACCGUGCACAAUCCCAGCCCAUGUAUCCCACCGGCAGCACUGCCAGGAUCCAGGGCUCUCACUCAUUCAGGUUGGUGGUGGUUAAGAGGAUGCAUAUAUGACCCGAUGACUGAUCAGGGCUCUUCCCCUUAGAGAUGAGCCUGGACCAGCUCCACAGUGCUGCCAAAACCCAGAUCUGAAUCAGAACCUGGCACCCUGGUCAUUGGCUUGCUAAUAGGCCACACACAAACCUCCGCUCCAAAGAUCCCAGGAGACGGGGCGAGGGGGGAUGUGAAAUCCAGAUCUCAGUUUUGCAGCUGGGGCUCGUCUCUGCUCCCCAGGUCAGAGCUCCCGCCAGGACUCUUUCUUCUAUGUCUGCUGU